UUGAGUGGUGUUAACGAUUCCAUGCUGUCUUUUUUCUUUUAAGCGGAACCACGUACUAAUUUCGAUAGUUGCUCUUUGGUACAAGUUACAAACAGUUAUAAAUUCAAAACUUGAAACAUCAUGGCAGUCUCAGGAUUAUCAUCACUAACUUCCGUUUUCUUGGCAUGCCUGUUCGCUGCCGGAAGCCAUGCGGCAUCCUAUACUUCCAGUCGGAAUCUGGAGGACUACUGCGGUCGGACGUUGAGCAUUAGCUGUCCGUCUUACUCGUUUGGCGAAGCCGGAGCAAUCCGCUUCUGGAACAUGCCCAGCAGGUCAUGUGAAGUGACAGUGACCUUGAGCAGCAGCUAUUGUGGAUCAUCUUAUGAAUACUUUAGAAUCUAUCUCAACAUAAGAGAGUCAAAGAUGCCAACGAACUCUCAGAUGAUGAUCUACGAUACAUCCAGCAGCCGUACAUUGGGCAAAUCUUGGAGUGGAGGUACUCAGGCGCAGUACUCUAAUCCCACGUCAGCCGGUCAGUAUCUGUCCAAAUCGGCGAAACGACCGGAAAUUUCCAUUGAAUUCACCCCGCACUCUUCCUAUCCUCCCGCAUCCAGCCAUCAAGUCCUAUUCGACUACGUUAUUGUAUCAGAUGAAAGCUCGUCGUCCAGAACGUACUGCAGCGCGCUGUACGGAUACAUUAGUGACAGUCUGAUCUGCGACACCACCAACGACCGUGUCAACUGUCCUUACUCAUAUGCGGACUUAACAUACAGCAUGGAUGCGGCCAUGAACCGACAAACUUGCUAUGCAAACGUAUCCUUUGAUAAUGGGGAGUCCACACAAAUUCCAACCGAAGUUGUAUUGCUUCUUCCAGAUAAUAAUUAUGAUCUCGGGGCUGGAGCGAUCGCCGGCAUCGUCAUCGGAUGCGUGGCUUUCGUGGCCAUUGUCAUCGGGAUCAUUGUCGCCUGUGCCAGUCGUCGACCCCGCACAACCGUCCAAAAUGUGGCUUUCACCAACAAUGCUUACUCUGCACCAGUGGUAACCUUUUCCCAACCCGGUGCUCCCCCGCCCUACCCUACCCAGACCUACGCUCCGGCAGUACCGCCACCGUAUCCAGCAGGUGCGGCUCCGGCGCCGUAUCCAGCGGGAGCGGCACCGCUUCCUCCGGCUCCCACAGUGGCUAAGUGAGAGCCCUGGAGCAGGCUACGUGCAGACGGUGGACAUAAUCUAACUGUAUGACUGCACAAAAUUCUAUGCUCGUAACGAUGUAAUCAUCGACCAGAAUUGGAGAGUGACUAUGCUUGUGUUCGUGGUGUCAAAAAAAACUGCGAACGCGGGUGACGUGCGCCCUUGUAGCGGCAAUCGUAACUACCUGUGUGUAUUUUUUUCUUAUACCUACUGGCUAAAGCACAAAUCGGAAAAGUUGCAAUAUAUUGAUAAACUUUCUUAUUCUGUUCACUGCACAGGCGAAAGCGUAAACCUCCUUCAAAUAAAAGCAUGAUGAUUUG